AUGGUGACUAAAAGCUUUUCCGGAGCACUGCAGUUGACAGAUUUAGACGAUUUUAUUGGACCAUCACAGAUAUGUAUUAUUCCAGUUCAAAAGAAACUUGGCGAUGAAAAUGAUGGAAUGAUCAAAUUACAAAAUAAGAAACGGCUUAAUGAGAAGGAAGAGCCUCGUAUUCAAGCGAAAAUAACAUUGAAUGAUUGUCUAGCAUGUAGUGGAUGUAUAACAUCAGCAGAAAGUAUUCUUAUUGAUCAACAAGAUUAUCACGAAGCACAGAACAUUUUAAAAUUAAAUCAAACAUUAAAAGAUAAUAAUUCAACAUCCAGUGAUAUUAAAACGAUUAUUUGUUCAAUAUCACCACAAAGUUUAUCAUCAAUUGCUGUCAAAUAUAAUUUAGAACCAACUGUUUGUGCAAGAAGAAUAACUAAUUUUCUAAAAAAAAUUUUAGGAGUGAACUAUGUGUUUGAUGUCACAUACGCAAGAAAUUUUUCAUUAAUGGAAAUUAAGAAUGAAUUUAUCAAACGUUAUCGAAAUAAUAAACAGUAUCUACCACUUUUAACAUCAGAAUGUCCAGGUUGGAUAUGUUAUGCUGAGAAGACACAAGGCUCUUACAUUCUACCGUACAUUAGUAAAGUUAAAUCCCCACAACAAGUUCUUGGUUCAUUUAUUAAGAAUUAUUUUAUGAAAAUUAACAAUUCGAUAUCAGAACAUAAUUUGUAUCAUUUUACAGUUCAACCGUGUUAUGAUAAAAAAUUAGAAGCAUCAAGACAAGAGUUUUACGAUGAAAACUUAAAUAUUCAUGAUGUUGACUGUGUGAUAUCAACCGGUGAAUUCCAUCAAUGGUUAGAAGAAGAUAAAUUUGAUGCUGCGAAUGUAAAUGAAAUGGAAUAUGAUGAACCAUUUUGUAUGAAAAGUGAGAAUGGUCUUUAUUUGAAUCAUCGUGGAAGUGGUUCUGGAGGAUAUUUAGAAUAUGUUUAUCGUUGUGCAGCAAAAGAACUAUUCAAUGUCGAUAUUGAAGAUAAAAUCGAAUUGAAAACGAUCAGAAAUCAAGAUUUUCGUGAAACAGUGCUAAAAGUUGAUGGAGAAGAUAAACUUCGUUUUGCUCAUGCAUAUGGUUUUCGAAAUAUUCAAAAUAUUGUUCAAAAACUCAAACGUGGAAAAUGUGAAUAUGAUUUUGUGGAGAUAAUGGCAUGUCCAUCAGGUUGUUUGAAUGGUGGUGGUCAAAUUCGUGCGUCAACAACUGAUGAUCAAAUAAAAUUACUUGAAAAAGUAACAAACGCCUAUGAAUCAUUACCAAUGUCAUCAGAUAAAGUACUCUUAGAAAUUGACGUACUUGAACAGCAAGAUGUACGUAUGGAAGAUGAUGAAAUAGAAUGGGAUACGGAUGAAGAAGAUCAAGAUUUAGCUAUCGAUAAUAGUACUAAUAAAACAGAAAACUCAAAAGAUAUUGGUGAAGAAAAAAAUAACAAUGUAAUCUCUAAUGGUGGUACAGUUGGCACAAAUGAAGUGAAAACAAAAAAUAAUCAAAUUAAAACUUCGUUUUCAACAUCAUUCGAUAAUAAAGAACGAACUCAACACUCAAAAACAUUUACAAUCAUUGAGGUAUUAUAUAGUGUACUGUAUUUUAAACACAAAGUGUAUAUCCGUGAUGGACCUAAUAGUCAUCAUGUCGAAAUGAUACCAUUUGACACAAAAGAAUAUGACCUCCCAUCAAUCGAAGAAUUAGCUCUAGUUGAUUUAACUGUAGACGAUAUGAAUUCUGUUUUUAAAAGUCUUGAUAUCGAUGAGAAAGAUUUUCAUACAUCGUCAUUUUCUGGUUCAUAUCGUCCAGAAAGUGUUUUGGUAAGGGGUGUUACCAAUAUGAGCACUCAAGAAAUAUUAAACUGUUUUGAAGGUUACAAACCAAUUGGAAUUGAAUGGAUAUGUGAUCAUUCGUGUAAUGUAUUUUGGCAUGAUACGAUAAAUCCGUUAAAAAUGCUUUUUACCAUAUCAACUGUUGGACCAAAAAUCCGUCAUCGGCGUCCAGUCAAUUACGAACAUGCCAUGAAAUUGCAAAAACAACAAUCAGAAGAAGAAAAUAAAGCAGACUCAGAAAAUGAUAAACAAGAACCAUCAAUUGUUGAAACAACUGUUCCAUUACCACCUGGCCACUGGCGAGUCGCAAAUUUGUCUCUGAAGGCGUUAAUUAGUGAAUCCACAACUUCAUCUUCUACCCAAUUAUUUUUUCGUUAUACAUCUGUUUCUGAUCGAAAACCUCGUGGCGCAGAAAAAGACAGUAGAUAUUAUAGAGAGUAUGGUAAUCCGAAUUAUAAUGGCAUGAAAGGACUAAUAUCCCGUUCAAAAAAACGUGAAUUAAAUCAAGCAUCUAAUAAAUCAAAACAACAACGAGAACAGUUGUAUCGUGAUUUUAUUAUUGUAAAACCGAUAAUAUCAGAAACAAAGGAUGAAAUUUCAGAUGAAAAAUACACUGAAGAAGAAGAAACGGAUAUUGUUUUGAUCGAGAAUGAAAAACAAGAUGAAGAUGAUGAAAAUGUAAAAUUUACAGUUGUUCUUCCACCAAAACAGUCAGCAGAAGCAGAAACAAAUGAUGAUAAUGACAAUCAUGCGCAACCAUCAAUCUUAGAAGAAACUAUAUCUAAAAGAAAAUAUUCAACUGAUGAAGAAGAGAGUGACCAGUACGAACAUCAUCAACUUGAAACUCAUGAUGAAAAUAUCGAUGAUGAUACAACGUUUACGGUUACAAUUAACUCAGGAACAAAUGAUUUAAGAUCAAAAUUGAAUUCAUUAAGAAAAAAGGACGAUGAAAAUAAUCAAACAAAACGAAUGAAAAUAGAUGAUGAUGUUGAUACUGUUGAAACAAAAAAAGUGUAA